AUGUCGAACGAAGAAGAUAAAACGGCGACCAGUCUAUCGCAUAUUUCCAUCAACGGGGAAGACGUCGCAGGACAUGAUGCGCAAGAAUCUACCCCUCCACGUAGUAGCAGUGGCUGGGACGGAAAGUUACGUGUAGAGAAAGAAAAGGGCAAAAAGUUAGAGCUUGCAAACCCGGAAGCGAUAUCUGAUCCUGAAUAUUCAGAUGAGGAGAAUGUUAUGCCGGGGGAAGUGAUUAAUGCAGAUGAAGAUCUCCUUGACGAUUAUCCCCUCGAUACCGAAGAAAUCGACCUAGUACACGCCCGCAUUUCCUCGAUCCCUUCCCUGCGUCUUUCACGCUUCACCCAAGUCCAACGUCUUUGUCUUCGUCAAAACACAAUCAGCACAAUCGAAGAUCUCUCUUGUCUCGCAGCUACCCUCACAGAACUCGAUUUAUACGACAACCUAAUUGCGCAUAUCCGAGGGCUCGAAGAUCUCGUCAACCUGACCUCCCUCGACCUCUCCUUCAACAAAUUAAAACACAUCAAGAAACUAAACCACCUCAAUUCUCUCACCGAUCUCUAUUUCGUGCAGAACAAAAUAACCACCAUCGAGAACCUCGAAGGUCUCUCCAAACUACGCAACUUAGAACUAGCCGCAAACCGAAUUCGGGAAAUUCAAGGUUUAGAUACUUUAACAGGAUUAGAGGAAUUAUGGCUGGGCAAGAACAAAAUCACCGAGAUGAAGAAUCUAGACGCCUUGCAAAAUCUGAAGAUUCUGAGUAUACAAAGUAAUCGCAUUCGAGAUAUUACGGGCUUGGACAAACUUUCGGGUCUGGAAGAAUUAUAUAUUUCGCAUAAUGCUCUGAGUUCACUCUCGGGUCUGGAAUCUUGUUCGCAGUUGCGUGUGUUGGAUAUUUCGAAUAAUGAAGUAUCUUCUUUGAAGGGGUUGGAAGGGUUGAAGAAUUUAGAAGAGGUCUGGGCUAGUUACAACAAAAUCGCGGAUUUGAACGAUGUGGAGGAACAUUUGAAGGACAAGGAAAAGCUGAAUACGGUUUAUUUUGAGGGAAAUCCUUUGCAGUUGAAAGGGCCAGCGUUGUAUCGAAAUAAGGUGCGCUUGACAUUACCACAGGUUAUGCAGAUUGACGCUACUUUUGUUAGAGUUUCAUAG